AUGGCAAGGGGCAGACGGAGAGACAGAGAGCGAGAGGAAGAGCUGGCCGAAGAUGGCAGCGGUACGGCGACGCCAAUCGAAGCAGCGCCCGAGCCAGAACAAGCCCAGCAGCGCGGUCGAAGAGGCAGACGUGGUGGGGGUGUGACUGGCCCUACAAGCGCACUCACUUCCUUCCUCAGGGAACAAGGCAUCACUGCCAGAGGAUCACGCUUUGAUCGUGCGCGACCGGCAGAGGAAGAGACGAGCUCAGAGCUACAAGAGAUCAACGAAGAACUCGCCGAACUGACAGCAGAAGCCACAUCUGGACCCUCUACUUCUGCAGCUUCGCCUAUCGCCUCGGGAUCCGGCACGCGUACGCCCGCUUCAUCUGCCAAAAAGUCCAAGAAACCUCGCAUUAUCGACUCAGACGAUAGCGACGAGCCUGAAAAGACACCGGCAAAGAAAGGCCGCUACGAUGAUCGCAAGACGGGCAGCUUUGCUCACUGCUCGGACUGCCACAAACGGUUCACUAUCACAGACCGGACGUUCAUCAAGACGAACAAUGAGAUGCUCUGUCCACCCUGUCAGAGCGAGUGGAUGGAUCUGGAAAGAGAGACUAGCGUUGCGCCUGCGCCCAAGCCUAAAAGACGCGCGACAAAGCAAAAGCAGCUCAACUCGGAAAUCGAAGACGGCCGGGCAAAGAUCACGAUCAAGAGUCUUCAGAUUAGCUGCAUCGAACUCAUAGGCACGCAUAUCCAGAAUGUCGAGGCACUCGGCGAUAUCGGUACGGCCAAUCUUGACAAGAUUGCAAAGAUUGUCUGCAAGAACAGAGCGCUCUCACCUGAUACGCUCAAGCUGUUCCUCGACAUACAGACUACCGAUUUGCGGCUGUACGACUGCACACGACUGGAUCAAGAUGGCUUGCAAUCGAUUCCUGUCUUCAGUCCUCGCAUACAACGCAUGACGCUAGUCAUGUGCGGUCUUGUUGACGACGACGUGCUCGAGCAAUGGCUGUCCCGCUUCGAGCAUCUCACUUAUCUCGAACUAUACGGUCCCUAUCUCGUCACAGACGCCAAAUGGCAGUCUUUCUUCAGAUCACGCGGGCAGGACAAGGCAGCAAAGCUGUCCGGCUUCCUCAUCAAGCAAUCUGCUCGCAUAGACCGCGGUGCCGUCGAAGCUUUAGUGGACCAGAACGCUGCAAUUACCCAUCUCCAGCUUGCCGAGAUCGGAAGGCUGAGAUCGGAUUGGCUGGAUUUGCUUACACCGCUCACAUCCCUUGUCCAUCUCGAUCUGUCGCAUGGCGGCGUUGAUGGCGAUACGAUCACAGAUGAAGCGGUUGUCAAGCUGCUCGCUUCAGUCGGCGCGAACCUCGAAACACUCAUUCUCGAUGCCAAUUCUGCGCUCACAGAGGAGACCCUCACCAAGGGUAUCAAGCCCCAUUGCAAGAAACUCACGCAUCUCAGCCUCGAGCAGCUUGCCGUCUCGUCUGAAGGCUUGCAAGACCUCUUUACCGACUGGCAAUCUCAAUCGCUGCGGCGGGUGAACUUGCACAGAUGUACGGACAUGGAAGACGAAGCGCUCGAUGCGCUCGUUGCUCAUUCGGGCAGUACGAUCGAGUACCUGGAUCUCAAUUCGGUUGACAAUCUGCGCGAAUUGGCUCUCAUGCGUCUGGCGAAAUCGUGCCCAAAGAUGAUCGAGCUUGACCUCAGCUUCGUGCGAGAUGUGGACGACUUCAUCGUCAAAGCUGUGCUGGACAAUAUGCCUGCUCUGACGACAUUCUUCGUCUGGGGCAACAAUCGAGUGUCUGAUCUCUGCCCCACUCGCUCGGGCGUCAAAGUCGUUGGGCAAGAAUCGCAACACGACUGUCGCGAAGGACAAACAAGGUCCUCAGCCAACGCGGGCAGGCUUGAUUGGGCAAGCCGCAGCGCCUGCAUGACUGUCACCGGUUCACCUGCUGGCGUGGGCCAGCCACAUGAUCCAGAGUUUGUGCGGUCUCGCUCGACAACGGCGAGAGCGGAGUACAGUACCUCACCUCCUGCUCGACGGGCUGGCGGCGGCGCAGAGUCUCCUUCCGCUAGCUCUGAGCGUCCUGCAGAGGACGACGAAGCAGCAGCACAAGCAGAGAGGGACUCUCACUUCUUCACCGGUCCCUCUUCGCCUCCUCUCGUCGCACACAGUCCACUUGAUCGCACGCACCUCCGUCACGGCAGUCUUCACAACCAAGUCACCCCCGAUCGGCUCGUAGACAGACUGCCAGGCACUGCCCAAUCCCAUUCUGCCACUGCUGCCGCAACAGCGGGAGGGACGACGAGAUUCUACAGACACCAUCAUAGGACUCUGUCCGAUGCCUCACUCGACUCCCAGCCGGCCUACAUUGACCAUCGCGCUCAGCCCUAUUCACUCUCUUCGAGCGGUGGCAGACGAGCUGCUUCGGGACUGAGAGAUGAGGUCAGACGGCGAUCGAACGUCAGAAGAAGCCCAAUGUCUGCAGGCGAGCUCGAGGACGGAGACGAAAGUCUCGAUGAUCUCGAGCUGCCUACUUCUUCGGUCCCUUUUGAGACUGACGAGACCAUGCAUGGGCAACCCCGAGCAUCGACUCUGUCUGCUUCCAGGCCCAGCGUUGCCCGCCAUCGCUCUUCAGGACGCGUGCGAACGAUGCGCGCGGCCGAUCUGGACGAGCAAGUCAUUGACGAUCAAGCGGACCCGCACGCAUACAUCCGCAGACAGCAGUCGCAUCGAUCUGAUCGCUCCAGUCGCUCCCGCCGUCGUGACAACGAAUUUGAUGAUGGCAGCAGACGGCCCUCCGAUGCAGAGAAAGUUCAAGAGGAUGUUUGUUUUCCCCUGCUCGGACCAGAUCAAGAUACACACAUUCCGCUUGAUCCUCGUCACGAGCACCGACUACGAUACGAUCAUCAUUAUAGUGGCGUGCCUGGCGUGCUCGCUCACUUUCCUUUCGCUUUCGACUUCUCUGCUCUCGAGGAAUUUGCCGGCAAGGAGCGAGAAUUUGAAGGCUUGCCGAUGGGCAUCUCGCCUGCACGUGCCAACGGAGGCGCUCAGGCAGUCAGCUUCAGCGAUAGCGGCAUGCCCAAGCGCGAGCGUCUGGACAGCAAUGGCAACCCGAUGCCAGACGCUGCGAUCACCGGCUCACCUCGACUUCAUCGCAAUCCACGUAACAGACGGUUGAGCGAAAGCCAACCUGUGCGCAAUCGCUAUCAGCGCAAGCUAGCACAGUUCGAAGGCGAUGCUGAAGACGACGCGCGAGAAGGCAAGGCAACGAUCUUCUCGAGUACAAAGACGCCACUGCUGACAGAUGACAAACGAAGUAACUCUGGUUUCGGUGCCACUGGUAUAUCCCAGCGCACUCGUAGUGGCACGACAAAUAGUGACGAGAAGGCGCGCCCAUAUCGCUUCUCUUUCUAUUCAAACGCGCUACCUAGCACGAUACAUGCCCGAUCGCUCGCUGAGAUACCUGCAGAGGGCCAGACCUUUGCAGAGCUGUUCACUGGCAGAGUAUAUGAUGACGAGCAGGAGGGUAGCAAUCGUACUGGCGCACCGGGCGAAGCGACACCAUCAGCGCAUCCCAGUAUGCCAGGCACCGGCACCCACAGCCCCAAUGAAGCCGCUUCUCAGCGCACCUCUGUCAACAUGGGUCACCAAUCUAAUCAAGGCGGACCGGCUAGCUCCCGCAAUCACUUGCAAGGGUCAAAGCCAAAGAGCAACGUUAUGCGAACUGACGACGACGCGGAAGCGAAUACUUGGUGGCUUGAUGUCUUGUGUCCUACCGAUCAAGAGAUGAGAGUACUCAGCAAGGUCUUUGGCAUCCAUCCUUUGACAACGGAAGAUAUUCAGAUGGAAGAAGCGAGAGAGAAGAUUGAGCUCUUCAGAAAUUACUAUCUCGUCUGUUUCCGCUCGUUCGAUCAAGAUCCUUACAGUCCGACCUACCUCGAGCCGCUCAACAUGUACAUCAUCGUCUUCCGCGAGGGCACGCUCUCUUUCCAUUUCCGGGGCGCUCCUCAUCCUCAGAACGUUCGUCGACGUAUCAAGCAGCUCAAGGACUAUAUCAACGUUACGUCCGACUGGAUCUCGUACGCGCUCAUCGACGACAUCACGGAUGCCUUUGCUCCGCUAAUCCAGAAUAUCGAAUACGAAGUCGACAGCAUCGACGAGCUGGUGCUCAUUCUCAAAGAUGCGGGUCAGGGUGAUAUGUUACGACGAAUCGGUACUUGUCGAAAGAAAGUGAUGGGUCUCUUGCGACUUUUGGGCAGCAAAGCAGAUGUCGUCAAAGGACUGGCAAAGCGAUGUAACGAGAACUGGUCAGUGGCCCCCAAGUCGGACAUCGGCCUAUACCUCUCCGAUAUUCAGGAUCACAUUCUGACGAUGAAUUCCAAUUUGGCUCACUACGAAAAGAUUCUGUCACGAGCGCAUGCUAAUCACCUCGCUCAAAUGUCCAUCGAGAUGACGAUCGUCAACAAUGACACUAACAACCUGCUUGGAAAGCUAUCGGCACUGGGUGCUGUGCUGCUACCCAUGUCACUCGUGACGGGCAUAUGGGGAAUGAACGUGCAUGUGCCAGGACAGGAUGUCGAAAACCUCAACUGGUUCGCGGGGAUCAUCAGCUGCCUCGUCUUUUUUGGCCUCAUCGGUGGUUACUUCACCAACAAGGCUUUCAAUCAGUAG